UAUCGAUGCAUAUCUUGUUUAUUUUGGUAAGUGUUCGUCGAAUUUUGUAGCGCGGAAUUUGAGUUGGUGUGUAAAUUUAAUUUUAAACUUAAAUCUGAUUGAAAUUCAUUUUUGAAUCAUCAUUAAAAUUCAUGUUAGUUUUUCUGCCUUUUCGUAAACUAUGUUGUAUAAUGAACUGAAACGAUCCAGAAGUUUAGAAACUCUGAAAAAUGUUUUUAAUAUAUAUGAAUCUUCUUCAAGAAAACUUGUUUGGUCUGAGUGGGGCAAAUCACCAUUCCUUGACUAUCUCAAUCUUAUCGAUUACGAGUAUAAAAAAUUAUCCUCCCAUCGUAUUCCUUGGUUUCAUAUUACAUUUAGUGAGUCAGAAAUUCAUCACUACUGCUCACUUGCAAUUUACGAACACUACAAGGUUGUUGUGUUAAACGAUAUCUCCCAGAGUGAUCGUGACGAUUUACCAAUUUUGGUACAAAAAAUUCUCCGUGUGUGGAGGUUAUCUCAUUUGACUUAUAACGCUGAUGAAUCUUCGUACUUGUAUUAUUACAUAGCGUAUAAAUUGCUUGAAAAAGGAUGUGAUGAUCCUACUUUAUUCUUAGAGCUUUGGCAAACAUUGUGUGUGCAAAAUAAAUCUAAAAUAGCAGUGCUGUCUGGUGUAAUUGGUAAAAAUCGCAAGCUUAAAGCUGCAGAACUCUUAAAAUGCGUUAUGAGAGCUGCUCAUGCUCUUCAUUUUGAUUUCUGGGGAGCUUGGACUGAUGGGCAUGAAUUGACUGACUUUAAAUAUUGUCCUGUUACUGCAGCUCUUUUGACUGGUUGUCUCGAACAAUUGACUAUUUUACUUCAGUAUGGAUUCAAACCAAAUUCACAAAGGCUUUGUACCUAUGAUAACCAUUUUAAGACUUGGUCAUGCAAUGUAAAAUAUAUAGGCGGGAUUAUGUCUACGAAUGGCUGAGAGUACCUCUUGCUGAAGAAUCAUCCAGACGAAGAAAAACAGUUACUGAAGUGUUAUUAUUUCUAGUAAAUGUGGCGAGAUGCCGAUCACGGACAAAAUUUACCUCCAUGUCAAAAUGCAUUGUACUCCUCUGGAGUGUUCUACCCACUCCUAUUGUUACUUUACAAGAGUUGAAAACUGAAAUUAACCAACACCUUCGACAACCUCCCACUAGUAGUUUCUAUCCCUCGACUGAAAAAAACUUUAUGGAACUUUGUGAUUUUUAUGCCCUUUUGUUUUUCAAAGAGAACGUCACAACUUUACAACCUCGAUCGUUGAAGCAUCUCACCAAGUGUGCCAUUAAGAGUCACCUACAAAAAUCUUGGAAUCUGCCCUUCGGUAUAACAUCGCUAAAUCUUCCUAAAAGCUUAACAUCAUACUUACAAGUUGAAAUGAUUGAUCUAUAAUAUACAUUCAAUUUUACUUAGAAGAAUUUUAUCAUUUGCCGCACAAUUUUGAUCGAAAUUAAUCAUUCCUUAGAGUUUAUUUUUUGAUAAUUUUAUUUAUUUGCUUUUUAUUAUUAUCUUGAUCAUCAUUUUCUUUUCUGACCAUUAGAAGUUGCUCAUAUUUUUUAAACAGAGACAGAAUGUCUGAGACGUCACCUUGGUCAAGUACCUCAAAAGAGCUUAUAAAAGGUGUUCUGUACAAAUUUUAAUAAAGUUAUUUUAUGUA